AUGCUUUUGUCACCUGCUGAAAAGGAUUAUUUAUAUAGCUCUUUGAGUCAAUCACAAAUCAUAAGGCCAGAUUCAAGAUCUAUACAACAACAUAGACCAUUAGAGGCAACUACAUCGUUCUUACCAGGUUCAAAUGGAUCUGCGAGAAUUAGAUUACUGGAUGGAAGUGAAUGUAUAAUUAGUAUAAAAUCAAAAGUAAUAACGUUUGAUCCAAAGGCUAUACCGAAUUUCAUUGAUAUAGAUAUUGAUAUAAUAGGAUAUAGAGAUGAUUCCAAUUAUGUAACAAAUUUAAAAUUCCAAUUAUUGAAUUUAUUACAGCAAAAUUUUCCUCAUGAUUUAUUAAAACUAACAUCAAGAUAUGCUUUCAAAUUAUUUAUAGAUUGUGUCAUUAUCAGUCACACUUCAUAUCCAUUAGGUUUAAUAAGUUUGGGGAUAUAUUUGGCAUUAAAAACUUUAAAAUUACCGUUAUUAAUCAGUGACACUGACGAUGCAGAGGUUGCAGAAUUACCAACAUUUUCAGACGAUUGGGAUAAUGCAAGAAGUUUAUCUGAAAUCUUGGUUUCUCAAACUAAAGACACUAAUACAAUAUUUCAACCACCAAUUUUUAUUAUCAUAGGAGUUGUCGGAAAUAAUUUGAUACUAGAUCCAUCAGUAGAAGAAGAACAAGUUCUUGAAAAUGGUUUAGUUGUAAGUUUUUACGAAGGGAGAGUCAUAACUCCGAUAACUAACACGAAUUUUGCAAUCAAUUCAAGCAACUCUAACUAUAAAGGCUUGAGCAAAAAUAUGUUGAUCAAUUCAAUUGCCGUAUGCAACAAAUUUUGUCCUUCCAUAAUUAAAGCGCUUGAUAUGUUGAUAGAGCAAGAAGAUGAUACAGAAAGCUCGGUGUUUUAA